UUUCGAUGCUUAAAGGUCGAUUCUCUGUGGAAUUUGAUUUGAAUUAAUGGCGCGAAAGCGGCAUACGCCGACUAUUGUAAACGGUACCCAUCGAUUCCAGCGGCGCUUGCGACGAAUGUUCGCCGAGGUGGAAAACAUAGGCGCUACGCCACUGGACCAAAGUGCAGGGGAAUGGAUAAUGUGCAGAAUACGGUUUCGAAAGGGAGCAGGACCGCAGCAGUGCACGCAGCAAGUCAAGAUUGUCAAGAUGGAUGCUCGGUGCUGUCGGUGCGGAGUAUGGAUUUUGCCGCGUGAUUCGUAAACAGGGAUCGCCGUUGUUGUCGAGUGAGAAAAAGAUCGCGCGUCGGGGAGUAUUGUUGUUCAUGGUGUUUCUUAGGUGUUCCAUGGUGUCUCGGUACGCAGCGUUAAGAAACGGGAUGGUUUCACAUAGUGAUGAGAAAAACACCUAAAAGCAGUGCGGGUAGUAGCGGCCUUCUACAAUGGUGGAUAACAAUUGUAUUAUCGAGGGAAACGUCAAAUUUCGCGACGGCAAAAAAGUAAUGGAAAUCAAGAUGGUGUGUCAUGAGAAAAUUGUCACCAGUUGCAGAUUGUCUUCAUUUACAACUUUACGGAGAUAGCAAGGAUCGAUAUAAGCAAGGUCAAACGAAAGCCUCAUUAAGUUUGCAACAUUUUCUCGGUGUGGAGAGUGGUUUCACUCUUGACAAGGAAUCCAAUACUAUAGCUAUAAUAUGCCAAGACGUGACGGUUGUUCUGGCUUUCGACACUAGAGAACGAUUGAUACAAUGGCAAGUGAAAAUCUCCAACAACUUGGGCGAAGAUCAACAGUUUCUGAUACUGAUCUCCUCGGUUCCGUCGAAGGCGAAGUUGACAAAUGGACCGGCGCAUUUACACAUUCAGGAUCGUCGGUUCUGCAUCACCGUCGGGAUACCUCCCAGAUUAGUUGGCAUUUGGGAGAUCGCGCAUCUACGACGAUAUGGCGUGGUGGAAGGACGAUUUUGUUUCGAGGGUGGUUCGAGAUGCGGCCGGGGGGAAGGUCUUCACGUGCUGAUAACGGAUCAAGGAGAAGAUAUCGUGAAGAUGCUGCAAUUAGCGGCGGAAGGGAAGCUGACGAAAAAACGACCGGUUAACAGGGAGCAGAUAGUGCAGGAGAGCCCGCGUCGUCAGUUCUCUCGAUCGGAAACGAGGGCCAGCGAUUUUUUCCCCUCGGCUGUUUACUCGUCCACGUAUGAAGAGCAGUGCGACAGCUGCAAGAACGAGAGCUCACCCUAUUGGUCGUCCACCGAGAGUAGGCAACAGACUGAACUCGACAGGGAUUACAGUAGCAGAGACACCGUCUCCGUUUCGGAAUUACCCGAUCAGCCAGCAGAAUGGCGCAGCUGUUCUCUCACUCGUCAAGGAACAUCCGCUCUCGAGAGAUGCGCUAGCUGCAUCAGCAAGCUAGGAACCGUGUCGAAAUCCUCGACUUUGGCUACUACAAUUGGAGCGAGCAGUAUAAGCAGUCCGGCGGGAACUAUGAAUAAUUUAGGCUGUCAUUUACAGCCGCGCACGCUCGAUCGGUUAUCGUUAUCCUCGUACAGCAGCAGCAGCCACGACAGCGACUAUUCCAGUUCACAGCAAAUGGACUGUCAUUGUUCGCAAAGUUCGAAGAGCUCGCAACAACAGACGAGCGUUCAACGUGUGUCGCCAAGUCCUAGCGCACUACCACCGAGACCUCCGAAACCGUCCCAAAGCACUACCACUGCGAAAAAGGUUAAGAAACCUCCCAUGCCACUGCCGAACGAACAAGUUUGCGUGCACUCGCGUAGCAAGCAACAGCUGGUCGCACGUAAUGCAACCGCUGCUGCUGGUCCUUACGAGAAUUACGACGUGCCGAAAACAAUCUUGGGUCAUCACAUGUUGUUAGAACAAAGUUCCCAACCGGAUCAGUAUUACGACACGCCAAGGAAAAUCAAAGAAUGCCUAGCACUGCCAAAAACCUAUCCUAAUUACGAUACACCGCAGGCGCCUCAAGCUGUAGUGUUGCAGCAAUGCGGUUGCCCGGCCAAACUCACCGUUCAGUCUCCCAGAUCCUCGGGAUGUCCCUGUCAAAACGUGAUGAGUUGGGCCGGUUUCGUACUGCCGUAUUGCAGACGAGGAGCAGGAAUUGAACCAACCGGGGUUGCCGUGCAUCCGGUGAAACUCUCCGGAGAAGGUAAAAUGCCUGUUGUGAAUGCGAGCGGGGAGAUCGCGAUUUACGCAACGGCAAAACAGGCCAAAAAAUCGGAGAACGUCGGAGAAGAGAAGAACAAAGAUAAUAAUUGCGAAUACCCAGAGAACAGAACAAACAAUUACGAGAACGUCGAGCCUGUUAUCGACACGCAACCUGAGUCGAAGCAAACGAAUUACGCGAACAUAGAUUUCACUCAAUCCCUUGAGCAUUAUGAGAACAGCAAAGACCUUUUGGCAAAGAGUGGAAUCUCGCAGGAGGAAAUAGAAAAGUUUUCCGAUCAAAUUAAGAACGAGACACCCGAACUGCCCACAGAAGAUUCGUCCAAGAUAUGCCAGAAGUGUGGCCACGUGAAGGACCGGGAGAACGACUACUUAGUCAUGGACCUUGAAAAGCAAACGCCAAAGAAACCGUUCUCCGGUUAUUUACCGAUGCAGCCGGCACACAAUGCCUGCUCGAAGGAGAUUUUGUCUAGAAUCUGUAGCGGUAUAAAAAGCUCGAGUAACCCUGCGUUAUCAGGUUCCGCGUUAAGCGAGGGUGGCAAAAAGAGAUCCGAUUCUGAGUUUCGUGUUCCGGGUUCGGCGAUGUUGUCCAGUCCGUACCUUAGACGCCGUUACCUGGACGGAAAUAGCGGAACAGAAUCCAACGGGAACAUUAGUCUGCUGUUAAGAAAGCGAUCUUAUUCCGCAGAAUCUGCUCACUAUUUGGACGACGAGAAUCACACGUUCCCAUCGACGUUGACCAUUCACAAAUGUUCCAGCGAGGCGGACAAAGCUUCGUUGGUCAAAGGGGAGAACCAUUCUUCGUGCGUCAGCUCGGAGGCCAAGAUCAAUCAAGAUAGCGGACAGAUAUCGAUAACCUCGCCUCAGCCGUCGUUCAUAAAAAUUCGACGCUCCUCUUCCGUACCAUCCAAAACUGGUCAUAACAGAGAUUCGUCUAGUAGCAACGAUUCGGGCGUUUCUACCGGAUCUCUUAGUCACAGAACGGCGGAAUUCGUCGAGUUCGAGUUAUCACUGGCCCCGUCAACGUCGACGAGGAAGCAGAACGUGUUGUCCGUUUAUAGAAAGAGUCCACCGCCUACGUGUUAUCACAGUAGCUUACCAAGGAAAUCCAAGUCCAGCGAUCCACUCCGAGAAUUGUCGUUUCAAUUUCAAAAGAUCAAAAUCCCUACGAAAUCCUCGUCGGCGGAAGCCGAUAUCCCCACGUGUCUCCCCAAGGCCACGAAAGGAUUCAACAGCCCAGGCGAAGUGUCCAGUACUCCUUACAUCGACUCGCGAAGCACGAGCAGCGGUACAUCCGAUAUGUCGGAUUACAUCGAGACAUUGUCGUUGUCGUCCCACUCGUCAUCCGAUACGCCAGACAGUCUGAGACUGGGUGGCAGAGCAGUGGCAACGACACUUCGUCCACGCAGCGGGAAAGAGUAUUACAAGAUUGACAGAAGUAUUCUCGUUGAGCAAGGAAGAACGUUGACGACACCAUCCGCCAAUUACGCGAAUAUCACGCCGGUGCUUGAGAAAAGCGAGUCCCCUUCGCCUGGAUAUAUGAGCAGUUCUCCCUUUGAACAGCCACAACCUACUCGUGAACACUUUUUGUUUCCCGAUGAAGCUUGAACGUAGUAACAUUGUUUGGGAAGAGAGCGGAAAACUUGAAGUUCCUAGGAAUUCCAAACAAAACCAUUAAGAGUAUUCAUGGUAGAAAUUGUAAUUGGAACAUCGUGACUGUUUACACUAUACGCAGGUAUCUAGUAGUUGACAAUUAACGCAUCUCGAAUCAAUGCAUGACUGUAAAGCGUGUGAAACCGAAGGAAAGGAGGUGUCAUCUUCCAAUGGUCCAAAAUUCAGGAAUCAUAGUAAAGGAUCUGUUCAGGAUGGUUAUCUUUCUGCUUUUCUUACACGUCUUUUUACGAUAACGUCUUUUUACAAAAAAGCAAACCCGCACAAUCAAAAAAGAAAAAAAGAAACCUAACAGAGUAAAGGGGGAGUUUUCGUAAGAAAUUCUAGGUUCUAGCGUAUAGUCGAAAUGAAGUCAAUAUGUAAUUGAAACACUUCCUACAACGACUCAAACAAUUUCUAAAAUAUGCUCAAUAAGAAACUGUAAUAGUUUGUAUAGUAAGAAUCCUGCCCUAGGAUAAAAAAAAAAAGAAUGUGUGCAUCGUAUACUUUAUAUGAGUAUAUCGUUUUUUGGAUAUGUUUUAUUUUAUAUGAGUAUACUUCUAUAUAGGGUAUUGUACGGCGGUUAAACCAGGGAAUUGCAGUUAAUGCACUCUGUGUUUAAUACUGGUUUAUACGAUACCAUCGAUUUACAUUCUAAAACAAACAACCAAAAAAAAAGUAAAAAAAAAAAAAAGAAAAGAUAAAAGGGAGAAAGAAAGAGAAGAACAAAAUGAUAUGAAAGAAUGAAAAGAAAAUGCAAUGAAAGUAGUGAGUUGCAUAGCGUUCACAGGGUUUUCAAAUCUUUACUAGUUAUUUUCUAAAAGGCAUAAGAUAACAUUUAUAUAGCCGUGAAAUGUCUUCUUUUUAACGAGAUUCAUAUGGUGGAUUUAUAUCGUAGUCUCUGGGCAAUCAAAGAUGGCACUAUGUAUAGAUUAUAUACGAGAUAUCUUUAAAUAAGUCUUAAGGAUACGCAAACGAAUAUAACGGAAUAUAAAACUCGAAUUAUUUUUAUUGAACUUUUUAUAGUCCAUAGGCAGACUUCUUUCAUUGGCAUUUUAUUGUAAUACGUUUCCAUUUCUACGCGUUUAUACAUGUACGUUCGAUUCGUAUAAUUUUCCUACUAGAUUUACGUAGAUCUACGCAACGAAUUAGUUCUGAGUAUCGUAAUUGCAAUAUUAUAUUUCCUUUUCCUAUUAUUCGUAAUCGUAGUAAAACGUACUUAAGAUAUCUUUUAUCUGUACUUAAGAUGUAUUUAUAUCAUUUCGUAUGCGCGAAUAACGUCUAUAUGUCUAUGGAAUUCUUUACCAAAAAAAAAAGCAACAAAAAGAGGAAAAAAAAAAAAGAAACGAAGAAUAUUUAUUUUUACUUCGACGGUGCAGGAUCUUUUUGAUAAUAAAAACUAUAUCAUAGACGAUUAAGCGAGGGAGCUAGUACGUCGUAUCGAAGGGGAAUCGAACUAGUUAGGCUUAUUUUACGUCUGCACAGCUUCGGAUCUUUCUUUGAUCGUCAUUUAACCAAAAAAGAAAACGGGAAAAAGAGACGUAUAUGUACGAGCUGUAACUGCGAAUUUUCUUGUAUGCAUUUAGUUUCUCUUGCUCGUUUCAACGAUAAUAUAUAGCCUGAGGAAUCACGCGAGAAAAGCAAUAAAAAAGAAGAGGGCAAACGUAAGGAAAAAACGCGCGAGAUGAAAAUCAUGCACUCGAGGGAUAGUCGAGUUUUGGAAUUCGGGCUGGUCGAUAUUGAUAUUACGUAAAGCAGUGAUACUGAACGCAAUAAUAGAAAUGCUAGGAGUUAUAUACAGAUUAUAAGAGUGGAAAGGAAAAAAAGAGAGAGAAUGAGAGGGAGAGAAAGAGAGAGAGAGAGAGAGAGUAAUGAAAGAAUCGAUAUCAAAUGUUUUCGCAAGUCAGAUUAUAUUAAAACAGAUUGUUCUCUGUUUCAUGUACAUGUUGCGCUCCGCGAAAUGGAUAAUCAAAUCAGUAUUCAGAAUCAAAAAGAUCAACGGUAAUGAGCAUUUACCGUACGUGUUAGAGGUUCAUUGAACAAUGUAAUGUUAACUGGGAAUUACGAUCCAACGACAAUAUAAAUUGUAUCUGCCCCCUCCUGACACGCAAGGAAUUGUUUUCGUCGAGUCGGAACAGAAUUUUGUAAUAUACGAUAUGUCGUAAUAACGCACCACAUCCGUCGGUGUUUCCCAACCCUGAUAAUGUUGUCUCUUAACUUCUUUUUUUUUUUUUUUUCUGUCGGAGCAAUCGCAACUAUCGCUGUAGCAACGCAAUGCUUAUCAUUGCUUAUCAUUUUUAUCACCGCCGCCAGAUUUUGGUAAGAAUGCAAAACGAAACGAGCUACGAGUUUAUUAGCUCUUCGAGGCUCUUUCGCGCAUAGAGGGAUUAUGUAUAAAGAAUUAUAUACUUACAGUUGACUCUAUAAACGAAUUGUAAAAGUAUUAACGUAGUAUUAAUCACAAGACUGAACAAAAAGAAAACGAAAAAAAAAGAAAAAAAGAAAGGAAAGAAGAACGGAAAUAAUAGUUGCUGUGUGGUUAUAAACCACUACUAAACGUAGGAAAUAUCUAAAGAAGCUAGAUUUAUAUAUAACCUUUCGUUCGCACGCGCGACUCCCUUCGAGCGUCAGUUUUCUGAUCAACCCCUUUUUAAUUGGAGAGUCUUUUCUCUCCCUUUCUGUUUUCCAUUAUGCAUUCCGUGCGUCGAACCGUGUGUCUGUGUCUUCUAUAAUAUCGUAGAUAUGGCGGAAGCGUAAAGCGAGAAAACAAUGAAAGAAAUGAGCGUUACGCAUCUGCUGCGCUUGGUAUAAAUUGAA